GUUCCGACUUCUGCACCUCCUCUACCACCACAGCGAGUUCACUCAGCCUGGGGCAAAGAAUAUGCUGGUGGCAACGCGUCUUUGCGCUCCGGAAUGGACACAGCUGCGAAGCUUGGAGAAAGCCCUGAUGAUAGCAGUCGGUGACGACUUCUUCUCCGACUUGCUGGUUCAUCUGGACUACUUUCUCUACGUCCUGAAUCUCCUGUCUUACCUGGUGCACCUGCAGCACCGCACGGUCUACGACAUGGACGAUGUGCUCGGAGCAAUCGACGCUGAGCUCGGGAAGCUGG